GAAUGUUCGGAGGGAGUUUGACUGGCGAGCUUUGACUGAGCCACGACGCGACAAAAGGAUGAUUCAAUCCAAAAUAUGACAUAUUAUCUAGAAUGCUAUGACUUUUUGUUUAAGUUAAGUGAGGGUUUAUUUUUUGCAUUCAGUUUUUAGUUAACCCACUUGCAAAAAACAAAAGUUACCCGGGUGGUAGCUAGCUAGGAAGUAAUCAAUAGUAAUGGCUCUGAUAGCCACCGAGCAUGGCUGCAAAAUGAACGGAACAUCGGUGAUUUAUGGCCGAGUAGGACCAAGAAAAGACGGCUUCCACGGAAAGGUGGACGCCUCCAAGAGUGGACAACCGAAAGAGGCCGAGUAUUCAACUGAUGGACUCCCCAAAGCGUUCCUGCACAGCCUGAGGACCCUGUUUGACAUCCUGGAUGACGGCGGUAGAGGAUACGUCCACAUAUCCGAAAUCGAAAGCCGCUGGCAGGGCGCUGACACCCGCGAGCUGCCCGGUGGUGUGUUGAGUUGCCUCCGCCGGGUCACCCCUCCGCACGGCUGCCUCACAUUCGAACGUUUCGUCGCGGGGCUUCGUUACUCCAUGCUCAACCCGGAGAACCACCUGAAAGCCCAGGCUGCCGUGCACCCUCAGCAAGCUCUGAAGCAGACCCAGAAACCAGCACCGUUGUCCGCAUGCAACGUCGGGACGAGGGUGGAAAACAAGGUCCGUCCGCUGGGGCCGAGCAACGUGACCAACAUUCAGCCUCACCGCGCAUUGAUGUGCAGGGCCAGGCCGGAUGAAGGAGGUGGCUACCCUGCGUGUGGACCGGUGAGGUACGGUGGCGGUUACGAGAGACCCGGGCGGAGCUUGGAGCGGAUUCCUUCCGCUCAGGAGGGUAAUGGUGGAUGCUACCGAGUGGAGCCGGGUCACGUCUCCAAAGCAUCACAGCCCCAGCAGAGCCGGGUCAGGUCCAUUGAGUCUCUGGCUCUGGAAUCACCUCAGCUCCAAGGACCAUGUGUCGCAAAAUCUAAUUUGCCCAGAUCCCAGAGCGAGUCGGCGACGGGAUUCACGGGAGGAUCCAGGCGGCAUGGGCGCAUCCGGGACGAGCAGAGGCGGCACACCAUAUCCAACGGAGUGGAUUACGAAAUGCUGAAGCAAAUGAAGGAGCUGGAGCAGGAGAAAGACUCGCUGCUGGCGGGCCUGGAGGUCGUGGAGCGGGCCCGGGACUGGUACCAGGGCCAGAUCCACAAUGUCACAGAGAGACAGCGGCAGGUUGGACAAAACUCCCAGUGCACGGACUUUUUCACUGAAGCCAACCAGAGUCGUAUCAAUGUUCUUAUUCCCAAACUACAAGAAGUCAACCGCUGCCUCAAUGACCUCAUUUGCUGCACCGGAAUGUCAUCAUUCCCUUCCAGCGGUGCUCAGACGGUGACACACUCGCCAAGCUCGCAGCCUCCGGUCCCAGCUCCCCCACAAGCCAUCCAGCGAUUGAAGGACCAGAACCGACUUCUCACGCAGGAGGUGACGGACAAGAGCGAGCGCAUCGCCCAGCUGGAGCAGGAGAAGUCGGCCCUGAUAAAGCAGCUUUUUGAGGCCCGCGCCCGCAGCGUCCAGGACACCAGCACCAUGGACUCCACCUUCAUCUGACCCUCACACGGGAAAUGCGGAGCCAAGCGUUCGUAAGGCUGAAGCUGUUUGCCGCAGGCCCCCGUUUAGCCAGCUGAGCCUUUUGGGGCGGCGGUGCACCUUUUUGACACGCAAACACACCUUUUGACUGCAACUUGUAACCUCUCCACUCCACACAACCACGUCAUGCACGACAGAGACACUCCACCUUUUUAUUUUUCUUUAUUUCCUGCUGCUCAACCACCAUAAAAAAACUACCACUUUUGCACACAAAAAAUAUUUUUACAGUUAAAUGAUGUAAAAAUAUGCUACACC